CCGCGAUUAACCAUCAUGUCUUUUCAUUUACAGGAGGGAUCUCGCGGUGAUCGGAAAGAGGGGGGCAAGAGGGGACGCAAGCCUGGAAGGAAGGCGGCGGAGAAGGCGGACAUGAAAGCUAAGCUCGAACGAAGCCGGCAGAGUGCGAGGGAGUGCCGUGCUCGCAAGAAGCUGAGGUAUCAGUACCUGGAGGAGCUCGUGGCCGACCGAGAAAAGGCGGUGCUUGCUCUGCGGAAAGAGCUCGAGAUGUAUCGUCAGUGGACUCAGGAAUUGGACGCCGGUCGAGUCCCCGAUGGACUUCAGGCGAUGCUGGAGGAACACGGCUCGCUGAAGCGGGAACUACCCAGCAGCAACUAAGCGGCCAAGGAGGCGAGGAAUAAGAAAGUCACGUGGAUCGAGCCGUUCCAUCUAUCUUGUUCCUCCGAUCGAAACCCCCCUCGUAGUCGAGCUUUCUUUCCGUCUUCUCUUAUCUCUCUUUCUCUUUUACUGUUCUUCGAGGCAAUAGGAAAUAAUUGGCUGGCGAAUCUGAAAUUUUCUCCUUUAAGAAUUUAUACCUUAGGCGUUUUCUAUACCGCGAUUGAUCCACUGAAUGAACCGCGAGAAGGGAAUCUUCCGACCUUUUUCGAGAAUUUCUUAUGCGAAUAGUGAAGUUCUUCCCUCUGUUUUUCUCCCGAUUCUCUCCCAAACGGCGGGAUUGUUAUCCCCGAUUUAUCUCGUUACCUCACCGUGUUACCUUUUUUAUACGUACAUUUUGUUAUCGCGACUCUCGUUACGUUGACGCAUGUUUUUUUAUUGAUUAAGACCAUCGGUCGGUUGUUCUACGGCCUCACGCUUGGAAUGUACCUCCCUUGUAUGAUUGUUGCGAUGUAAGAAAGUAAUUAUAGAUAUAUUACUGUUACGCCUCGAAGGGAAAAAAAAAACGGUCGUUGUAUGUCAAAGUCUAUAUUCAGUAUUGUCUGUUUGAAGGGCGUCGUUGCGAGAUCUCCUCGUUGACCGUUCACCGAUUCGUUUGAACUUUAUCAACGCGUGGUAUUCUUGUACUGCAGAGAAAUCAUCGUUUUGUACAAAUUAACGCCAUUACACAGGUUGAUUCAUAUAUGUGUACGAAAGAGUCUGAUAGUCAAAUAAAACCAAUAUUUUUCGAUGAAAAA